AGUUUAUAUUAAAUUUAAACAAUUUCAGUUAAAAAAUGAAGCCAAUGUUAUUAAAUAUGAGUAUAAAUUUAUGGAGAGAAACGGAUGGCCUGUUCUUAUGAUGCAAGAAAGCUUUUUGACAUUAAUGGAUAUAUUAAUAGGUCAAAGUUUUUGUAUUCAGUAUGAUAAUAAAAUGGGAGUAUCAUAUUCAAAACCACUUCAUAGUGCUAUUCUAUCUCCAACUACAAAUGAAAUGGAUAUCCAGCCCAGUUCAAAUCAAGAUAAUGUAGAUGGUGAUGGUGUAGGAAGAAAACCAUCGUGGAAAUUGGGAAAAAUUGAUUUUAGACAGUUAUCUGUACGAAGAGGAAAAGACUAUCGACGAGGUUUCACUGGAAAGGAACUUGUUGCUAAACCAAUCUUACUCAGCUAUGUUAGAGCUGAAGCAGCACAAUAUGCUCUACAGUUAAAAAAUGAGUUGUGUACUUUGGGAUUCAGUGUAUAUUUGGAUGUUCAUGAAAUAAAAACUGGGAGUGAUUGGCAAGAUGCUUUAAAUUUUGCUGUUAGACAUUGCUAUAUUUUUGUACCAUUAAUUACACCAAUGUAUGGAAAAACACAGUGGACAAACAGAGAGGUAAAAUUGGCAGACACACUUGGAAAAUUAAUAAUUCCAGUAAAUUUUACAGAUCAGUGGCCACCAGAAUGUUUAGCAAUACAGUUUGCAUCUACACAAUAUAUACCAUAUCGUCUACUUGAUAACGAACAUGAAAAAAUUGAAUCUGAAAAAAUUGCAAACAUGAGAUUGUGGGAACCAGAAUUUGUCAAACGAGUAGCAGAUGAAAUUGCACUUCAUUUUCAAAGAGAUCAAGCUUGUAAAAUUUCUGAGAAGAAAAUAUCAACAAGAAUAUAUGAUGCUACUCCAUUGUCAUCAUCUGUGAAAAAUCCACCUAAAGUAGAAAGAUCAGAAGAAGAAAACAGAUUAAUUGUUAUAAGUGUUCAUCCUAAGCAAAGAAUAUUAGCUAAGGAGUUAAAAGCUACAUUUACCAGAUACGGUUAUCAAGUUUGGUGUUCAGUUGAAACCUCUGAUAGUCAUACGAAACCUAUAUCUGAAAGCGAAGGUGGUUUUCAAAAUCCACUGACGCCACGUGAAUUGCCAACUAUUCCAGAAGGAGAAGUAUUCUUCAGUCAGACUGGAGGUGAAUCAUUUGUUUCUAUUGGUGAGAGCAAACAAUUUUCAUCUGUAUUUCGACACGAAGGUACUGAAAUUGCCAGUCACCGACCAUUAUCAAGACUUUUGUCCCAACUUAGUGACAUUAGCCAAGUAUCUUCUCUUACCCCUGAAAAGUUAGAUAGGUUGAAAUUAUUCCAACAGAAAACAGAUCAGGCUGGUGUAGUGAUAGUGGUUGUCUCAGAUUCGUAUACAAAAUCAAAAACAUCACAACAGCAGGUAUUCUAUUGUGAACAUAGAAAAAAAGUUGUAUUGUUGAAAUAUGAUAAUUGCCAAAUACCAGCGUGGUUUACACAGUUAAUGGGAAAUGACAUGAUCACGUAUUUAGGGAAUACUCAAUUUGAAUUAGCAUUAAGAGCUAAAGUCAAAAGAGCACUUAAUCCUGCUUAUUCUGAGACAUCUAAAGAAGCAACAGCAGAAGCCAAAAUGCAAUUUUUGGUUACUUUUAUGAAAAAAAAUUUACCUCAAAUAGACGAAUGUGUUUAUAUUACUGGAAGCAGCAAAUUGCAGAAUCCUCGUUCCGAAGAAAUUUGCAGAGCCAUUGCAAGAGAAUUAGCAAAGGUCAAGAAUAUUGGAGUAGUAACUGGAGGAUUUCUGGGUUCUGCAGAUAUUUUGGCAAAAUCCUUUUAUGAACUAAAAGCAGCAAAUAUGUCAUCUAAUCCUCAAUAUUCUCCAGUUGUUCAUAUUUUACCAACUAAAGACUCUCAAGAUUUUACAUCAAAGGCAAAUCAACAUCCAGAUGGUAGUUUUGAAAUAAUUUCUUAUGGUAAAACUAUGUUCCUGGGAGAUUCUGUAAAAGAAAGAGAAUCAGCAGUGGCACGUCUCUUUGAUACAUGCAUCCUAGUUGAAGGUGGACCGGGUGCUGCUAGAGAAGUAGAAGAAUUUAUUUGGAAUGAUCAUUUUGUCAUUCCAAUCAUAUCUACUGGAUGUGCCGCAGGGGGGCAAUAUGGAGUUCCAGUUAAAAUAUUUGAAAUUCCUCCACCUGUAUCCCCAGAAGAUUGGUCGGUGUUAUCUGAAAAAGAUGCAUCGCCAGAUGAUGUUGCAAAGGCUGUUGUCAAUAUCAUUGUUGCAUUAAAGCGUUCCAUUGCUUCACAUUCAAGAAGCAAUGUUAACACACAAAUUAAUUCCAGUAAAUCAAAAAGAAAAUCAAAAACAUGUAAAGGAAAGGAUAAAGAAAAUGAUCCUAACACAAAGAACUCAAGGUUUUUUCCAAAACAGAAUCUAUCGCCCUCAGUUCCAUCUAGGGAACUUCUAGUUCCUAAUGAUGGGGAAUGUUCACAGAUUGUUAAACCACGUCAUGCCAAAUGGUGGCAAAGGUUCAUUCAUGUUUUUUCAAAGUAAAAUAUUUUAUAUUUAAGCAUAAUAUGCUAAAAAUUGGUAUAUAGUUUUUCAGCUUAUAGGUUAUCAAAACAUUUAUUAUGAUAUUGCAGAAAUUAAGUUAUUUUAUUAUGUUUAUGUUUUAGAUUUUUUUUGUUUUUAGAAAUGUUAUAAUUUAUACUAGCAAAACUGUUGAUGUUUAGUUAUAUGAAAGUUAUGUUAUAAAUGGAUUGCAAUAUACGCAAGACUAGCUGUUACCCACAACUUCGCCUGCAGGGUUUUGCAAGCAAACCCCAUUUAUAUUCAGUAUUUCAACAACCAUAGUAAUUGUUAUAUAACACCUACCACUGAGAAUGUUGAGAAUUGCU